UAACAGUUCACUAGUUCUAGUAAACUUCCUAAUUUGAUCUGUGAAAUAUCACCAGUGAUACGAUGAGGUGCAUAGUGCCGUCGUGCAGAUACGACUUCCACAAGCGACGCCGUUCGAAACAUUCAUUCCCGCGCAAUGUGACCCAGCGAAACAUCUGGAUCAAAGCGAUUGCCUUCGCGGAGAAGUGUAAGCUGGAUCCGUCCAUAGAUUUCCUCAAAGCCAGAGUGUGCUCCCACCACUUCACUUCGGAUUGCUUCAAGCCGGAUAAGCAGAAGAACAUUUUGAAAAAGUCGGCGAUUCCCACCCGCUUCGGAGCAGUGACCGUGGAUCCUGCUCAUUUGUCCGCUUUGUACGUUCCGGAACCCGAUGAAACUGAAACUCCCGCGUGGUACAGAAAAUCCGCUAAAGAAUCUCAGAUCAAAACGAAGCAACUUGUGGAAGAUGCGCUUCUGUGUGUCCGGAACAACGAAGAAAAUACGGAUGCGGCGAACCAGGAAAUUUUCAAUCUGAAAAAGUAUCCGCACGUUUGUCGGUUGUGCUUGCAGCCCAACUCUCGUUGCGUUGUAAUGGUCGCUCUAUCGACGAUCGAUUCAGCCUUUGGUGGGAAAAGUAUUGCGGACUUCAUAGCUACCAUCACGUCCCCCGAAGUGGUUUUUGAUCAGAACAAGCAAACCUAUCUGCCGAGGUCAGUCUGCCUCCAAUGUUUGGAACAACUGAAAUUCUUCGCUAAAUACCGCUCCAAGAUCACUACGGCCCACAUGCUGAUGAGUUCGUUGAUCGAACUAAAGCACGGCAAUUCCGGUCCGAUGUUGGAUCUCUUCAAUAGCCAAUCUAACGUUGUACGAGCGUUGAUCCAAGAUCUUGAAUUGUGUAACCUGAAUGAUUAUUGUGCUGAUGAUUUGGUGGACGAAUUUCCUUCGUACGAUUUGGCAUCCUUUGAAGGAUUUUGCGGCGAAGAGGACAAGAUGGUCCAGGAGCUACAGCAAUGUGAAGUCUUAGAACAGGAAUUGUUAACUCUGCCGAUAAAGACGGAAAUGAUGUUCGACGAGGAGAUCAUGGAUGGCGACAUUAAUGAGUUCAACUCAGAUAUCAAACAUGAAGAGGAAUCGACGGCAAUGGAUACGUAUCUUCUAACUAAAAAGCCGAAGCUCAAAUAUACAGAGAAGACAUUCGACACAGCUGGUGACAAUCAUGAGCUCAACUCGGAUAUCGAACAUCAGGAGGAAUCGGUGCCGACGGACCUGGACCCCCAAACAAAAAAGCCGCCGAGACCCAAAUAUACAGGGAAGACAUUCGACGAACCCCUUCAGUGUACAAAGUGCCCCUUUUCUACGCAUUUCCAAGCACCAUUUCGGGCACAUGAAAAGGUGCACGAAAAACGAGAAUCUAGCAAGUCGUACGCGUGCAAAGCCCCAGGAUGUUCGGAGGUGUUCAACAAUUGGGACGACUUUCGACGCCACGGUCCGGUGGCACACAAACGCUUCAUCUGCGAUAUUUGCGGACUGAAAUGCUCCGCAAAGCGAGCAUUGAAGGAUCACAUGGCUCGUCAUCAGGGUAAGCAGGAGCACAUUUGCUCCUACUGUCAGCGAGGACACAAUACGGACACCGAUCUGCGUAAGCACAUCCAGAUUAUGCAUUUGCGCGUGGCCAACUACCUGUGCGACACGUGCGGCGUGGCUUUUAGAAAGAAGGCCAACCGGGAUGAACACCAGCUGGGUCACAGCGAUGUUUACGGAUUCCCCUGCCAGCAGUGUGACAAAAAGUUCAAAAAGAAGCCGCAACUGACGAAGCAUAUAAACCUCGUACACGAAAAGGUCCGGGUCCCAUGUCCCCAUUGUAAUCACGAGUUCCAGACCUUCUACCUUUUAUCCAACCACAUCGAAUUGGUCCACGGCAUUCAGACACUGUUCGUGUGCGAUAUUUGCGUAUCGACUUUCAGAAGCCAAGAAGCGUUGGACAGCCAUCGGGCUCGGCACGAUAAUCCCCACGAGUUGGAGUGCGCACGGUGUUUGAUUUUGUUCAAAUCCAGGGAAUUGCUAGACGAUCACCUAUGCAUCACCUACAGAGACGACUACAUAUGUUGCGGGAAAGAUCUACGGUACCAUGCCAUGUACAACAGGCACAUGCUGAUGAAACAUGACACUAAGACGAACGUGCGGGUGAAACCCAUUCCGGGACAACUCGUGGCGAAGAUGAGAGCGCAAAGGAAACGCAUCGAAAGGUGUCCCAAGUGUGAGCAAACGUUUGCAACGAGAGCACUGAAGAAGCAACACAUGAAAACUUGCAGCAUGGGUGGUGAGGAGCGAAUCGACGACGAUGAUGGUGGAAGUGGUGAUGUGAAUUUUUAAC